CGCUGCUCUUGUGUUUGUCUUGGAAUGAAUCUGUCAUCAUGUGGACGAUUCUGAUGAAGUUAGACCUGACCUCUGUAUGCCUGGCUCUGUUUCUGGGUUUGAUCUUUAUGGUUCUGUUUGAGAUCUUCAGGAUUAAUUCAUGCAGAGGUCAAAUUCCACCUGGUCCCAGACCUCUGCCUUUUGUGGGAACCAUACCAAGUUUUAAGAAGCCACUUGAGGCUAUAAGAUCACUAUCUCAGUAUGGAGAAAUGUCUGCUGUAUAUUUUGGGAGGAAACCAAUGAUAGUCCUUAAUACAAUCCAGGUCACUAAGGAAGCCUUCGUUCAGGAAGCCUUUUCUGGAAGACCAUUUAUGCCUCUUGUAGACUGGCUAACCAAGAGACUCGGCAUAAUAAUGGCCCCGUUUGGUCACUCUUGGAGGCAGCAGAGACGCUUUGCUCUGCACACGCUCAGGAAUUUUGGCCUGGGGAAGAAAUCAGUAGAAGAUCGUGUGUUAGAGGAAAGCCGCUAUCUCAUUGCUGAAAUGCUCAAAGCAGAAGGCAAGUCUAUGGACCCACAGCAUGCCAUACACAAUGCAGUUUCUAACAUCAUCUGUUCCAUCGUGUUUGGAGAGCGCUUCGACUACGAUAACAAGCGCUUCUCAUACCUUCUGAAAAUCCUGAAUAAUCACUUCAUGCUCACAGGGUCAGCUGCGGGACAGAUUUUCAACUUAGCCCCCUUCAUCAAGCAUUUCCCUGGGCCACACCAGAAGAUCAUGCAGAACUUCACUGAGUUAUUGGGUUUCAUCCGGGACGAAAUAAAAGAACACAAGGAAACUCUGGAUCCAGACAGCCCUCGAGACUUCAUUGAUGCCUACCUGCUGGAGAUCGAGAAACAAAAGUCUAAUGAGGGCUCCACGUUUCAUGAGGAUAACAUGGUAAUGUCAGUACUUGACCUGUUUCUGGCUGGAACUGACACAACAGCGACCACCAUCAGAUGGGGCCUCAUCUACUUGAUUCAAAACCCAGAUGUACAAGAGCGAUGUCAUGAGGAGAUUGUUCGGGUGCUGGGUUUCGACCGUUUGCCCAGCAUGGAUGACCGUGACAAACUACCGUACACAUACGCCACUGUUCACGAGAUUCAGCGCUGUGCCAACAUUGUACCUCUUGGAGUGAUUCAUGAAACGACUCAGCCCACAAAACUACGAGGCUACAACUUUCCCAAGGGAACUAUGAUCAUGACAAACUUAGCGGCAAUUUUCAGUGAUAAGGAGCACUGGAAGCAUCCAGACGCCUUUAACCCGGAGAAUUUCUUGGAUGAAAAUGGGAACUUCUUCAAACCAGAGUCUUUCAUCGCCUUCUCACUGGGUCCGAGGGUCUGUCUCGGGGAGACUCUGGCGAGGACGGAGCUCUUCUUGUACAUCACGUCUCUCCUACAGCAGAUUCAAUUCUCCUGGCCACCCGAGCCACAGUCCAUAGACAUGGAUGGGAUCAUGGGUGUUUUUCACUUUCCUCAGAGUUUCAGCAUCAUCUGCCGCAGCAGAGAUACCAAAGAGUGACCAUCAGUAACUCAAACUAUAUCUCACAGACAUCAUCAUAUCAUUUCUGUAAAAAAAUCAUGCAUUUCCAGUUUUUCACUUGACAUUAAUGUAUGUUAACAGUUUCGAAUAUUUAAGCA